GCGUAAUUUACGAAGCGUAAUGGUGAUUUCUGAUUUUACGCGUGCGUAAAAUUGGUCUCGUGAAGGAUCCAAAAAAGAUUUUAGGCUUUAUAUCAACAUUUCCAAUGAAAAAAUUGUGGGUUUUUUUUAUUAUAAACAGCGGAACGUAAAGAUGAGGUCACUUAAAUUUGCCUCCCAGACUUUUGUUCCCAUUAGCGCACACUGUCAUGUCUCCAUCCCAAAUAUUGGGAAGGCGUGGCCACUCAUCAGAGAGCUGGAGUUCCUGUGCAGGUUGCGCGCGUUCUGUGCGCAGUUUCGGUAAAAGAUCAGUUCACUCGUGUCAGCGGGAGCCACAGAGCUGCACGCGCGACGCGCUGGAGGAGGUGGACAAAGCGCACCGGCUCCGCGCACCAUUUCUUGGUCAUUUUUUUCUUCUUCCUUUUGUUCGAUUUUCCCAAGUGUUUUAUCAGAUGCUGGAAGCAAGCCGAGCCUGUUUCAAGAAUUCACAUCUGACGGACUAACUAUGGACAGUCUGGGCAGCCGCUGUAAGAUCGUGGUGGUGGGGGACUCGCAAUGUGGGAAAACGGCGCUCCUGCAUGUUUUUGCCAAGGACUGCUUUCCAGAGAGCUACCUGCCCACCGUGUUUGAAAACUACACAGCCAGCUUUGAGAUAGACAAGCACCGGAUCGAGCUGAACAUGUGGGACACAUCAGGUUCGUCUUAUUACGACAAUGUGAGGCCGCUGGCAUACACCGACUCGGAUGCAGUCCUCAUCUGCUUUGACAUCAGCCGCCCAGAGACUCUCGACAGUGUCAUAAAAAAGUGGCAAGGAGAGACCCAGGAGUUCUGUCCACAAGCCAAAGUGGUGAUGGUAGGCUGUAAACUGGACAUGAGGACAGACGUCAACAUCCUGAGGGAGCUCUCCAAGCAGCGCCUGAUCCCCGUCACUCAUGAGCAGGGAAGCACAAUAGCCCGGCAGAUGGGCGCCGUGGCGUACGUGGAGUGCUCCUCCAAAGUUUCCGAGAACAGCGUCCGUGACGUGUUCCACAUCACCACGCUGGCGUCGGUGGGCCAGCCGCACAAGCCGCAGCUGAAACGCAGCAGCUCCCGCAGAGGCCUGAAGCGAGGCUCCCAGCUCCCCCUGCAGCCCCUGCAGAGCCGGACUGAGCAAACGGAUCAAGCCCCGGCCAUGAGGAAGGACCGGGCCAAGAGCUGCGUGCUCAUGUAGAGACCCAUACUGUAUAUACAUGUACAUACAUAAAACAGAAAUAUAUAACAGAGGAAGUCUAUUUAUUAUUUGAUGUCUCUUUUGUUUCUGGGCUUAUUUUUAUUUCAUUGCACUGAUGGAAAGUGGGAACAGAGAAAUACUUCACAAACGCUGGGAUUUUCAUCUCUUUUUGUUUGUGCGUGUGCAUAUUUUAUAAGCUGUUUACACGUUUGUCUCAUUUUGAAAUGAUGGCAAAUUGGACUAACCCUCCGGACAUGUGGGAGCUGUGAUAGUGGAAGUGCUGCCUCGUCCCGGGAAUUAAAGCGGAAUUAAUUUCCUGACAGAGGAUGGCGCGGCGAUGGAGAGCGCAUGAGAGGAGAGCCAUGUUGACGCAGGAUGUCUGCAGAUGAAACUUGUUUUCAAAGGCUGGGCUGCUCGGCAAACAUGAGGACUUUUUUUUUUUUUAAGUUCCUUCCUGCUGCCAUGAUUGAUAGGAAAAAAAAACUGUGGUGAUAAUCUGAAAGAUGACUUAUUUGAAGGUGGAAAUGAGACUAAAUAUUGCGAAGGUGUGAGAGCAUUAAAACCACAAGUGCUUUUUAUUGGAAAAAAAAUGACCAUCAAACAUCUGCUUCAGCUGUUUUUUACUGAAAAAGGUUUCUUUGCUAAAACUUGUACUGCAAAACUCUGUACAGUCACUUAAUUUAAGAUUAAAGCAACAUCCUGACAGCACAGAGAAAA